AUGCUGGCCCAAAAAUCCAGGGCUAAGUGGAUCAAAGAGGGUAAUACCAUCUCACAUUUUUUCCAUGCUUCCUUGAAGGACAGGUACAUAAAGAAUUAUCUAGUGGGGCUACAUACUGAGAACGGGGGUGAGGUAAAGGAUGUUGUUGUUCAUCACUUUCAGAGGAUUUUCAUGGAACCUAACUUGGAGCGUCCCUUCUUAUCAGGUAUUCAGUUUAAUCAGGUGUCAUCUUGUGAUUGUGUUUCUCUAACUGUUUUGAAGAAGGAUGUUGUGGGUAGGUGUUCUCCCAAAGGUUGUGACUUCCUCCUGAAAAAGAUUGUCCCCAAUCUUUAUUGGAAUAUAGACCAAUCUCUCUUAUUGGUAGUAUGCACAAGAUUAUUUCGAAGCUUAUGGUUUGGUUCUGUUAUUUCACCUUGUCAGAUAGCCUUCCUGCCUGGUAAUAGUAUUUUAGAUGAUGUUAUGGUGACUAAUGAGCUCAUUGAUCUUGUUCAGAAAGGCCAAAAAAGUUGUUUCCUUUUCAAAAUUGACUUUGAAAAGACAUAUGACUCUGUUAGCAGUAUGUCAGUUCUGGUUAACGAUAGUCCUACAGGGGAAUUUGUGGCUCAACGGGGGCUUAAGCAAGGGACUCUGUUGGGCACUCUGUUGUUUUUUAUGGUGGCUGAGGGGUUAAGUGGCUUAGUGGAUGAUUCAAUCUUUUUUGGUGAGGCUUGUGGGCUAUCAAGGCUAUUUAAGGAGGACUCUUGA